AUGAGUUUUCCAAAUGAAUCCAUGCCUGAUUCUCCUCAGAGAAAGAUUGGAAGGGGAAAGAUUGAGAUCAAGAGGAUCGAAAACACAACGAAUCGUCAAGUUACCUUCUGCAAACGUAGAAAUGGCUUGCUUAAGAAGGCAUAUGAGUUAUCUGUGCUUUGUGAUGCAGAAGUUGCUCUUAUAGUCUUCUCGACUCGUGGCCGUCUCUACGAAUAUGCAAAUAACAGUGUGAAAGCAUCUAUUGAGAGGUAUAAGAAAGCAUGUUCUGAUACUUCUGGUGCUAAAUCAGCUUCUGAGACUAAUGCUCAGUAUUAUCAGCAAGAAGCUGCGAAACUGCGAGUGCAAAUCAGUAAUUUGCAGAAUCAUAACAGGCAAAUGAUGGGUGAAGCUUUGAGCAAUAUGAAUGGUAAGGAACUCAGAAACCUUGAGAGUAAAUUAGAAAAAGGAAUUAGUCGAAUUCGUUCCAAGAAGAAUGAAAUGCUAUUUGCAGAAAUUGAGUACAUGCAGAAGAGGGAGAUAGAGUUGCAUAAUAGCAAUCAGGCUCUUAGAGCAAAGAUCUCGGAAAAUGAUCAGAGGAACAACCAUAAUGUUAAUGUGUUGCAUGGAGGCACAAACUUUGAAUGUAUCCAACCUCAGCAGCAAUUCGACUCUCGCAGUUACUUCCAAGUGAAUGAAUUACAACCUAAUAAUCAGUAUGCCAGACAGGACCAGAUGUCUCUUCAAUUUGUUUGA